UAUAAAAGGAAGCUAUGGCGAGGUUUCCGCUCCUCUUUGCUUCCCUCCACAGGAUCGAACGCGGGAGGAGCGAGCUUCGUUUCAGCGAAUUUACCGCUUCUGCAAGCCCUGGCUUCUUGAAGUUCGUUUACGUUUGUUUCAACCUUCGCAUUUUUCCUGGAUCUAUUGAGGCAUUUUUCUGCAUUGGAGCUGUUCUUGGAAGCGUUGAUUGUGGAAGAUUUGCAUUUUGAGAGCUUGAGGAGGCAGUGAAGGAUUAGAUCUAGAGACUCAAAUAAGUUACUUCUGUUUGUUUUUUAGGCUGAGCAAUCAUGGUUGGGAGUGUUGAAGUUGAUGUGCUCCCAGGUGAAUUGAAUGGAAAGGUUGAGCCGUUACCCGAGGAAAUUGAUGCAACUACUGUGAUUUCGGAGCCAUUGUCUCCGGUAAAUGAAGAGAUCGUCAGUGAUGAAACUAAGAAAAGCGAUGUGGAGCAAAAAAGAGAGAUUGUAUUGGGAAGGAAUGUUCAUACAAUGUGCCUUGCUGUUACAGAGCCUGAUGCAGACGAUGAGGUAACGGGAGAAAGGGAAGCUUAUAUGGCCAGUGUAUUGGCAAGGUACCGGAAGUCUUUGAUUGAAAGGACGAAGCAUCACUUAGGUUAUCCAUAUAACUUAGACUUUGAUUAUGGUGCUCUGGCUCAGCUGCAACAUUUUUCCAUCAACAACCUUGGUGAUCCCUUUAUUGAGAGCAACUAUGGGGUUCACUCCAGACAAUUUGAGGUUGGUGUUUUAGACUGGUUUGCCCAUCUAUGGGAAUUAGAGAAGGAUGAAUAUUGGGGAUAUAUUACAAACUGUGGAACAGAAGGCAACCUUCAUGGUAUUUUGGUCGGGAGAGAAGUUUUCCCAGAUGGAAUUUUAUAUGCAUCAAGAGAGUCACAUUAUUCAGUCUUUAAAGCUGCACGGAUGUACAGAAUGGAAUGCAUUAAGAUCGAAACUAUGGCUUCUGGUGAGAUUGAUUGCGAUGAUUUCAAAGCCAAACUUCUUCCAAACAAGGACAAACCAGCUAUCAUCAAUGUUAAUAUAGGGACAACAGUUAAAGGAGCUGUUGAUGAUCUUGACCUGGUCAUAAAAACCCUUGAAGAUACUGGCUUUACACAUGACCAGUUCUACAUCCAUUGUGAUGGUGCUUUGUUUGGACUUAUGAUGCCAUUUGUCAAACGUGCGCCAAAGGUCACGUUUAAGAAGCCCAUUGGGAGUGUUAGUGUUUCUGGACACAAGUUUGUAGGGUGCCCAAUGCCUUGUGGAGUUCAGAUAACAAGAUUGGAGCACAUUAAUACCCUCUCGAGGAAUGUCGAGUACCUUGCAUCCCGGGAUGCCACCAUUAUGGGUAGCCGUAAUGGCCAUGCUCCAAUUUUCCUCUGGUACACACUCAACCGCAAAGGAUACAGAGGGUUCCAGAAAGAAGUCCAGAAAUGUCUUAGGAAUGCUCAUUACUUGAAGGACCGCCUCCGAGCUGCAGGGAUUGGUGCCAUGCUUAAUGAACUCAGUAGCACUGUUGUGUUUGAGCGGCCACAAGAUGAGGAGUUUGUUCGCCGCUGGCAGCUUGCUUGUCAGGGGAACAUUGCUCAUGUUGUGGUGAUGCCCAACAUCACAAUUGAGAAGCUAGACAAUUUCUUGAACGAACUAAUCCAAAAACGUUUGACCUGGUUCCAGGAUGGAAAGUCUCAACCUCCUUGUAUUGCGGCAGAUGUAGGGAAGGAAAACUGUGCUUGUGUUCUGCAUAAGUGAUGUAAUAGCUCCAUGACUGUCUUGCUUUUGUUGUUGAUUGUCUGUAGCCAAACAUUUUGGGUUUAAUAGUAAAAUUUAGAGAAGAUAAAUCUAUUAGAAACCUUUUCUGUUCUCAAUCCUC